AUGAUCAAUCAGAUUUUCACGCUCAUUCUGUUUAUGGCGCAGAAGGUCCAGUAUCUAGAGCUUGGUCACAAAGAACCACCUACACAUGUGUUACGCCUUCUUUGGGCACCUUGGAGUGACGGCAAAGGCCCCUUUCAGAACGUUCAACAUCUCGUUCACAACGCCGGUCUUUCUCUGAUGCCUUCCAUCGUGGUAUUGCCAACCCUACGAACAUUAGAGUACAAUGUCGGGUAUCUCGACGUCGAGGCACGACCGACUACAUCGAUGUUCGCUUAUCCAUCCCCUAUGCCUGCGCAACCCGUCCUCCGCCGAAUUCGAUUUACGACAACUAGAAACAUCACUCCUGCUAUAAUCCAGAACAUGGUCAGCAACCCAGCAAUGGCCAACCUCCGAGAACUCGUAGUCGAUGACUGCGGACGCAGCAGACGCAAUCUGCCUCUCGCUUUGCGUGGCGACAACCUAGCCGAACUCCUGCGAAGCCUAGAGAAACACACCCCACUCCUAGAACUACUCCAGUGGUCAAAUCAGAAGUCUGACCGACAAGAAGGCCACCCACGUUUCGAUACGUUCAAAGACCUCACAAAUCUCCGCCAGUUACACAUCGACUUCGACCUCCUCGUCCCCAAAAGCGACACCAACUCCACCAACUUGAAGUGUCUCUCCAACCCCCACGCCAUCUUCCCCGCGAGCUUGGAAGAUCUGAUCUUGGACUGCGUCGAUAUCGACAAGCUCCACCAUCUCGUCACUCUUCUCCACAACAUCAUUGAAGAAAGCGACGAGAUGAGCGAAACUGAAGCACUCCAAAUCUGCCUCGCUUCUCUAGCCGCCAUGUUCCCUCCACUCAAACGCCUCGCUCUUACUGUGGUCAUGGAGAUGGAUAACCCGAGGGAAGAUGCACCUCGCUUGCAUGAGUUGGACCCGGUGGAUAUCACAUUCUUCCGGUACGCUGCAGAUGAGCUUGAGAAGCUGGGUGUUACACUCGAGGUGUGGCGCAAAGAAGGGUAUUAUGAGAAGGAGAAGAAGUUGCUGGUGAAGAAGGGGUGGACGGCGCCGUUGCCGCAUUCGGUGGUGAAGGCCGUGCAGAAGGCUAGGGGUUGGCGGAAUGGUUAUGAUGAUCUCCGGAUUUACGGAGUAUAG